UUACUCAUAUAAAUGUUUAUUUUCUACAAUUUGGUCAUCUUAAAUAUUGGUAUAUAUACGCGGCAUGAACAAACUACCAUAUUCAUUUUAAGUUUAUUUGCAGUUGUUUACAAUUUAAUCCGUUUAAAAUACUAUAUAUUAAAUGCAUACAAUACUUCGAGAAAUAUUAUUUUAUAUAAUAUAACACUGGGAAUUUUGAACUUUGGAUUUUGUUUAUUUUAAAUCAGAUAAUCGGAAUUUAGCUUUUGAACUGAGCUUAAUAUCUGGCAGUUAUUGGUCAAAGUUGAUAUCUAAGAAAAAAGUUCGCGUUCGAACUACAGCAAACAAAUUUUAUAUCGUUCAUUUUGUGGAUUGUUUAAACCGUUUCCAUGACGACAGACGGACGCUGUAAGUGCUCCCACGCGGGAAUGGCGAGUCACUUCUGCGAGGACGAGUACGCGUUCAUCUUUAAAGUGGUGCUGGUGGGAGACAGCGGGGUGGGGAAGUCAAACCUGCUACUACGAUACACAAGGAACGAGUUCUACCUGGACAGCAAAUCAACCAUCGGAGUGGAAUUCGCCACACGUACAGUGGAUAUCGAGGGGCGGUCGGUGAAGGCUCAGGUCUGGGACACGGCCGGUCAGGACCGUUACAGGGCCAUCACUCGCGCUUAUUAUCGAGGUGCCGUCGGGGCGUUUAUUGUUUACGAUAUUGGCAACCGGAUGUCAUUCGACAACGUGCCAAAGUGGCUGCGCGAGAUGCGCGCGCACGCGGAUAACCCGGACAUAGUUGUUAUGCUGGUCGGCAACAAGACGGACCUUCGACACCUUAGGGCCGUCAGUACGGACGAAGGAGCGACAUUCGCAGAAAAGGAGUCGAUGUUUUUUAUCGAGACGUCAGCCUUGGAUGCCAGUAACGUGCAUAUCGCGUUCGAAAACAUUUUAACAGAAAUCUUCAGGAGGACGUCAUCCAAGCCCCUAGCUGACCCGGAGAAGCCCCGGGCCCUGACCCUGGGCGGUCUGACCACGCCAAUUAAGCCCACAGAAGACGAAAAGCGCGGCAAACCUGUGCUCUUGCCAUGCUGUAAGAUCUGAGUUCUGCCGCUGUGAUUUGGGACAAUUUGUUGCAAAAAGAUAUAUUCGAGUGUUCCCACACUAACCGGUCGUAUACCAAACUGAAAGCUUCGAGUGUAAUUUAAGCCGGUUUGAAAUUGUGGAAAACUCCUUUUGAAUUUUGACCUUUAUUAGUUCGGAAAGUAAAAGUACCUUUCUUUUGCAUGAUAAUUUUGAACUAUGGACUUUGUCAAAAUCAAAUAAUUUUAGAACACCCCUGGUCGCAUAUAACUGCAUCAUAAAUACAGGGGAGAUAACUCGAAAAAUUGAUCUCGAUUUGCACCAAGUUAUCAAAAAUAACACACCUGACUCGGAGCUUUUUGACGAUACUGCACAAACUAGCCUACACUGCUGUUUUCAUGUUUUAUUGUAUAUGUAAAGUGUUUUAAGAUGAUUUAAGGGAAUUUCAAUCCCGAUUUCUUCUUGUAAGGGCAAACUGCAGUGAUUUAUCUCUUUUACCUUAUCAGAUGGUGUUAAAUUGUUAAACCUGUAUGAACCUACAUAUUCAUGCACUGUUAAACUAUUAUAAUUUGAACUUUAACUGAAAUGAUAUGGGGGGUUAACUACAAGCAUAUAUGCAUGAUUUUUAUUGAACUGCUAAGAAAUGAUAAUGUAUUGUCUAAAUAAUGGUAUAUACACAUAUAUAUAUAUAUAUUAAUGAUGGAAUGUUUUGGGUGAUAUGAUUGUAAAAAAUACAAGUUUUGCAAAUACUUGUAAAUAGACAUGUAAUAUAAAAAUUGUAAAUAGACAUUUGUUUUGUAAAUAUUUAUAAAUAGACAUGAUCUGUUAAGAAUGGUAAAUGGUCAUUUUUGUAGAGUAUUGUAAGUAUAUACAUGUUUUGUAAAGAAUUGUAAAUAGACAUGUUUUAUAAAGAAAUGUAAUUAUAUACAUGUAUAUUUAUGAUGAAAGAUUUUGAAUAUACAUGGAUCAGUGGAAAUGAUUGUGUAAAUAUUUGUGCCUGACACGAUUUUGAUGCAAUGAUUGUUUAAAUAAAUGUAUGUGGGUAUGAUUUUGACAGGGGGGUGGGGUGGCGUACAGUAUAUGACCUUUUAGCACGAUAUUUAAACCUGCACUCUCACCGAUACCGUUUUGGCAACUUCUUUAUUUUUUGUCUUGUGUAAAUAUCUGCAAACAAGUGAUAUAAGCCUGCUGACAAAAGAUCAGAUCGCAGAUUUUCAUAUUUCCGUUCGAAAAUAUUUUUUUUGGCUAAAAGCGUUACUAAAGGUUUAAGAAUAAUGUAUAAAACUUCAUGUUUUGAAAUUUUAUAUGAAAAUCUGCGUUCCGAUGUUUUGUCAGCAGUCUUAUAUCACAGGUUUUCUUGCACUUUCGCAGUUGUCCAAACGUUUAAUCUGUGAGAGUGCAGCUGUAAGUGAAAGCUUCGUCCCAAUAUAUGGUAAAAUAAAGUCAGAAAGUAG